AUGGGUUUUCACAUUGAUUUAUCAAAUAAUCAGUUAUCAGGGAUAAUCCCGUCAGGGAUUGGCCUCCUAACAAAUCUUGAAAUCCUGAACUUAGCUGAAAAUCAAUUAAAUGGUUCGAUUCCUGAAGAAAUAGGUCAGUUAAGUUCCCUUAUUGAGCUUUUCUUAUAUAGCAACUAUUUAGACAGUCAUAUUCCUGUUUCACUGUGUAAUUUGACCAAGUUGUCUACAUUACACCUAUAUGAUAAUCAAUUUUCUGGUACUAUUCCUUUGAAAAUGGGAGACCUCACCAAUUUAGUUGAACUUUUCAUGGAUACCAAUAGACUAGAAGGUUCUAUCCCUUUCACUUUUGGAAACUUGACAAAGCUAACUGCAUUGCUCAUGUACCAAAAUCAACUUUCUGGUUCUAUUCCCUCAGAAAUUGGAAACUUGAAGUCUCUCAACUGGCUAAGCCUUUUUGGAAACAAUCUUUCUGGCCCAAUUCCAAAGUCACUAAGUGGUCUGUCAAGCCUCACCCUUCUUCAUCUUUACAGAAAUCAACUCUCCGGCUCCAUUCCUGAAGAGUUAGGAAACUUAAUGCCUAUUUCUGAUCUAGAAUUGGGUGAGAAUCAACUUAAUGGUUCUAUUCCUUCUUCCUUGGGUAAUUUGAGCAAGUUACAAUGGUUAAAUCUCCGUGCUAACCAACUUAGUGGUUCUAUUCCUGCUUCCAUGGGAAAUUUGAGCGAGUUACAAUAUUUAAAACUCGGUAGCAACCAACUUAGUGGUUCUAUUCCUGCUUCUUUGAGUAAUCUGAAGACCUUAGAAUUCUUAACAGUCUAUGACAACCACUUAACUGGCCCCAUUUCCUUGGGUAAUCUGAGCAACUUGUUGAUUUUGGAACUCUCUAGCAAUCGGUUUACUUCUUUUUUGCCUCAUAAUAAUUGCAUAAGCGAAUCACUUCAUGUUUUGGAUGCAACAGACAAUAAUUUGAGAGGUCCAAUCCCAGAAAGCUUGAGAAAUUGCACGAGCUUACUUAGUAUUUCUCUUGGUAGUAACCAACUCGACGGAAACCCAUUUGAGGACUUCGUUGUCAACUCAAAGUUACUACGCAUGGAUCUAAGUCACAACAAAUUUUCUGGUCAGAUCUCAAGCAUUUGGAAAUGGAGGUCACAAAUAGAGGCCAUACGUGUUGCAGGAAACGAUAUUACUGGCAUGAUACCACCUGAGAUUGGAAACUUUAAGCAACUACGUGAACUUGAUCUUUCUUCAAAUCAUAUAUCUGGGAAGAUUCCGAAUGAACUUGAAGAGUUAACGCCUUUGCUGAAGCUGGCUUUGAAUCAAAAUCAACUUUCUGGAGCUAUACCUUCAGAACUUGGAUCUCUGACCAAUCUUGAGUACAUGGACUUGUCCACAAACAGAUUGAGCGAGCCAAUUCCAGAAGAUAUUGGUGACUUGGUGAAACUACACUACUUGAAUUUGAGCCACAACAAGUUGAACAAAGCAAUUCCAAAGCAGCUGGGUGAGUUGGUUCACCUCUCGCAGCUAGAUUUGGGUCAUAACUUGCUGACAGGAAAUAUUCCUAUAGAAUUCGCGAAACUUGAGAGCUUGGAGGAACUGAUUAUCUCUCAUAAUAAUCUCUCUGGUUUCAUCCCCAACGCUUUUGAAGAAAUGCAUGGUUUGUGGAAUAUCGAUAUAUCCUACAACCACUUUCAGGGUCCAAUUCCCAAUAGCAAAGCUUUUCAACAUGCUUCUAUAGAAGCUCUGCGUGGUAACAAAGGAUUGUGCGGCAAUUUUAGUGGCUUGGACCCUUGCUCGGGGCAAAAACAAGUCUCGAAGAAGGGCACUAAAAUUAUGCUGAUAAUUUUACUCCCUGUUUCAGUAACAGGUGCUCUUUUAUGCAUGUUGGUUGUUCUGUUCUUCAGGUUCCAAGCAAAGAAGAGAGGUUCAAAGAGAGAAGUUGAAAUGAAUAGUGAAGGAUUGCUUGCCACAUCAAUUUUUGAUGGAAAAACAUUGUACAAGGAAAUCAUACAAGCAACCAAGAAUUUUCAUGAUAUGCACUGCAUUGGAGAGGGUGGAUUUGGAAAGGUCUAUAAAGCUGAGUUGCCAUCAGGAAAUACUUUAGCUGUGAAGAAAUUCCAUUCACUGAAUCAAGAUGGGCAAUCUGGACACUGUGCUAAGUAA